AUGGCCGUUGCACGCUCAAUGCGCCGCACGAGCCCAAUCAGCCUCCUGCUAGCCGCCCUCCUAGCAUUUGGCUUCAUCUGCUUCAUGCUCUCCCCUUCAACCCCCGCCACUCCCGAACCCGCUACCUCACAACAACGUCAGCAAAACGCAGCCGAACACCCUCUCUCCCCACCAACCAAACCAUUCUUCAAAUCUCAAGCCGUUCGUCCAGAUGGCCACAAAGCUGCUCCUCCAGUCGUCCACUAUGACCUCAACUCCCUAACCAGCACCGCCAACUCCGUCGCAAACAGCGAGCGCGUCCUCAUCCUCACCCCGCUAGCGCGCUUCUACCAAGGAUACUGGGACAAUCUAGAGAAACUGAGCUAUCCACACGAACUCAUCUCUCUCGGCUUCAUAGCUCCCAAGACGGCGGAUGGAAAUGCCGCGGUUGCGAGGCUCGAAAAGGCAAUUGCCAAGACGCAGUCCGGUCCGAUCGAUAACCGCUUCGCUAGUAUUAGUAUCCUGCGCCAAGACUUCGAGCCUCCUUUGACGUCGCAGGAUGAAAAAGUUCGACAUGAGAUGUCCGCUCAGAAAGAGAGACGGGAAUCAAUGAGUCGGGCGAGAAAUAGUCUUGUUUUCACGACUCUUGGCCCGGCGACUUCUUGGGUUCUUUGGUUGGAUGGUGAUGUUGUUGAGACGCCUGCGUCGCUGAUUCAAGAUUUGACUAGCUACGACCAGCCUGUUGUUGUGCCGAAUUGUUUCCAGCGGUACUAUGAUAAGGGGAAGAAGAAGUGGGAUGUCAGACCUUAUGAUUUCAAUUCUUGGAUUGAUAGUCAGACUGCGCAGAAUAUUGCUGCUACUAUGGGUCCUGAUGAGAUCUUGCUGGAAGGGUAUGCUGAGAUGCCGACUUAUCGCACACUCAUGGCUUAUUUGCCUGAUAUGAAGAAGCUUGAUCCUAGGAAGAUGGUGGCUUUGGACGGUGUGGGUGGAACAGCUUUGAUGGUCAAAGCCGACGUGCACCGUGACGGAGCCAUGUUCCCUGCGUUCCCAUUCUUCCAUCUCGUUGAGACAGAGGGCUUUGCCAAGAUGGCGAAGAGAUUGGGAUACGAGGUUAUUGGUAUUCCAGAUUACUUCGUAUGUAUCUUCUAUUCAGGGACCGAGGAUCUUGCCAACUAA